AUGAUGUUUACUAAUCCUUCUCCUCCUCCUCUGGGGCUCCAGGGCAGCGAGAAGAGUGGGCCGUGCACGGGGACCGACAAAGACGAGUCGGAAGAGGGAGAGUCGGAAGAGGGAGAGUCGGAAGAGGGAGAGUCAGAAGAGGGAGAGCCCGCGGGAGGCCAACGCGCGAGCGAUCCCACCCUACCCCCGGCUGCGGCGUCCCCACGUUUUCCGAAGCGGGCAUCUGCACGCGUGGUGUCCGCGCCCGCACCAACGGCCCGCAAGCGCCUGCGGGCUGACGGAACAGGGGACGUGCGCGGGGUCGAAGGCGCUGGCGCAGAAAUAGGGGUCGGCGAAGGCGGCAGAGCAGCAAGCGGAGCAGCAAGCGGAGCAGAGAACAAGGGUGCCGGGGCCGACGAGGUGGGAACGGCGGGUGGGGGCCAACGCGCGAACGACGCUAGGACGGCACAGGCGGGUGGAGCAGAGAAACGUACCGUGCGUGAUGCCAAGGACGUGGGGAAGGUGGAGAGAUUGAGGCUGGCCGGCAUCUUUCAGUUGGAGAGCGGAGAGUGGGUUGCCCAAGCAACCAUCCGUGGGCAGCAAUGGUACCUGGGGUGGCAAAGGAGCCGAGCGAAUGUUCUCUACCUCCUAUGCAUGGCGCGGACGGUGUUUGGCGAGCCGGCUGACCUGGGUUUGGAUCUCCACACGAUCACGCGGGCCGCGUGGGAAGCAGAGUGGAAACAAGCGCGCCACAUCCCUCCUGGGCUGUGGGCGGUCAUGCAUGGCCACAUGCUCACGCGCACUGUGCACAGGUACCGCAUGGUUCUGAGCAGUUUCAAUGCUUCGGCGGGCGACGGGGAGAGUGACGAGGAGAGCAGGGUGUUGGCCCUCUGCGCGGCCAUUGGGGCCACCGCCGCCACCGUCGAGAAGUGUGGCGCUGCCACCGAGCUUUACGCUACAGCGCUAACGGCGUCAUGCGCGGCGGUGUGGAGCAUCUGGCGUGGAGACAGCACCGCCUCAGCUGUAGAGCGCGCAGUUGCUGUGGCCAGAGCUGUUGGUGCAGCGCUGCCGCGAUUGCGGCUCUGCAGGCUCGCGAUCGGUGCGGUCUUGGCCACUUUGGGUAACGAAUCCAGGGUAUCCGGAGGGGCGGCCAGUUCGGACCCGGACGGGCACGUUGCGCGGGUGAUGGAGCAAGCGUUGGGCGGCGCGGGCCUGGCAAGGAAUAAGCCUGCCAAGGUGGUGGUUAAAAAGAUGGUUGACACGUUAGGCCUGUGGUCGGCUUGUGCUGCCGCUGCAGAUCCUCUGUCCUCAAUUCCCUGGUCCCCACAUACCCCGUCCCUUAUCCCUUCUCCUCUCCAUCCCGAUACCUUCCUUACCUGCACGAAAACUGUCCCCUUCUUGAGCGCCAGGGGGUUGGCCAGUCGUGAGGUGCGGGUGCCACACGCUCCACAUAUGAACGUCACCUGCACACUGCGUCGCUGGCUCGGGUCCGAGUCCAACACCGAGCCUAGCACCGUGCCUGAUGCCGAGCCUGCUGGCGAGGCCGGGUCUGAGGCCGUAGGCCCCGCUGCGGCCCUGCUACGGCCCCACUUCGGCCCCGUCGGCCCCUCUACGGCCCCACUUAGGCCCCACUGCGGCCCCGUCGCCACCUGCGACCUCGCCACCACCUGCGACCCCGCCUCCCAGCGCCCGCAACGCCGAGCAGCCGAACCGCAGGCCUCCCGAGCCGCCCAGCAGCCGAGCCGCCCGACAGCCGAGCCGCCCAGCACCGUGCAGCCGAGCCGCCCAGCAGCCGAGCCGCCCAGCAGCCGAGCCGCUCGACAGCCGAGCCGCCCCGCACCAACAGCCGAGCCGCCCAGCAGCCGAGCUGCCCAGCAGCCGAGCCGCCCUGCAGCCGAGUCGCCCGACAGCCGAGCCGCCGAGCAGCCCGAUCGCUCCACCUACCCGGGUCGGGCAGUGGACUUUGAGGUAUGGGUAGAUGAUCUGCAGCUUUUCCUGCAGUGCGAUAGGGCAGACGGCCUCUCCCUGUUUGACCUCAUUUCUGGUGCCCCCCCUACCCCUGCUGCUGAUGCUGACGCCACUGUUCGCUCACAGUGGGCCACACGUGAUGCUGCUGCUCGCCUUGCUGUGCGCCGCCACUUACCGACCACUGAGAGUGCACACUUUAGCCAGUACAAGAGUGCUCAGACCUUGUACGACGCUGUAGUUGCACGCUACUCUUCCCCUGCCACUGCUGCACUGAGCCGCCUCAUGCUACCGUACCUCUUCCCUGACCUUGCUGCCUUUCCCAAUGUUGCUGACCUCCUUACGCACCUCCGCACUAGUGACACUCGCUACCGCGCUGCGCUUCCUGCUGAGUUCUGCGCCAAGAACCCCCCCCCCAUGUACAUCACCCUCUACUACAUAGUCACCCGUCUCCCUCACUCUCUCCGUGUAGUCAGGGACCACUUCCUCUCAGUUUGCCCCACCACUCUCACCGUUGACCUCCUCGAGAAGGCCCUCCUAGCGAUAGAGAAGAGCAUAGUUGCUGUAGGAGCCUCUCGUGGUGACCCUCACACCCCCGUCUUUGAGGGUCGGUCGGCGCUGCGUCUGCCCCAAGCGGGAGACGCCGCACCGGCAAGGGCAAGGGGGGCAAGGGCACUGGAGGAGGUGGAGGGGGCGGUGGAGGUAGUGGUGGAGGCGGUGGAGGGAGUGGGGGUGGUGGUGGGAGUGGUGCUGGGGGUGGCGGCAGCGGCGGAAGGAGUGGAGGCGGCGGAGGCGGUGGAGGUGCCGGAGGGAGCGGAGGCGGCGGAGGUAGUGGAGGAGGCGGAGGUGGAGGAGGAGGUGGAGGCGGCGGAGGCGGCGGUGGUGGAGCAAGUCGCGACUCUGCGUCGAGGAGUGGCGCCGGUGGUGGUCAGCGCCAGCAGCAGCAGCGGAGUGGUGUGA